AUGCAAAUCAGACCCCUUUCGGUCCUGGGACUUGUGCUGCCACUCCUCUCAGCAGUGCAAGCAAAUGUGGAAAAGACCAUCUUCCUAGCACCCGCACCUGCAACCAUCCCAUCCCAGGAGCCAUCCCUCGACGACCUCGGUGUUGAAAGACUCUCACCACAAAACCCUGUAGUGCGCACUAGACUCAAUGCAUCGUUCCCCACGACUGCUGUGCCAGAAGGCACAGAAUCGUGGUUCUUCCUCGAGAAAUUGAAUCCUGGACAGCGGUACGAGGUACGAGUCUGCUGGCUAUCAACUCAACCGACAUCUUUUACUCUCACCACAUACCCCCUAUCCAAAACAAUUGAGGACACAUCUCUCCUGUCUUCGCUCAGCAUUUACACAUCCGCCCGUCUAGCAUCACUAGCCAGCCAGCCCCAAGCCAGCACGCCAAAAGUGAGGAAAUCGCUCGAUACAGCACCAACCAGUGACUCUGUUCUUUUCCUACGCGUUCAUGCUGCCGCGGAUUACUUCAGCACUAAUCAAACACUGAUGCGGGAUGUUCCGCCUGUAGCGGUGGAUUUGAUUCUGGAUCCGUUCUUGUUCAACGUUUUCCCGCGCUCGUUGGUGCCUACUGCAGGUUGGAUCAUUGCUGUUGCUGUUCUGGCAGCUGUACUGGGGAGGUGGAUCGUGGGAGAGGUUGGUAGGGUUAUUGAUGAUGCUAGGAGGCAGAGGAGUUUGGAAGAGAUGAAGAACAAGUGA